AUGUACUACUCUGCUACAGUCUACAUGUACACCCCUGUUACAGUCUACAUGUACUCCCCUGCUACAGUCUACAUGUACUCCCCUGCUACAGUCUACAUGUACUACUCUGCUACAGUCUACAUGUACUCCCCUGUUACAGUCUACAUGUACUCCCCUGCUACAGUCUACACGUACUCCCCUGCUUCAGUCUACAUGUACUCCCCUGCUACAGUCUACAUGUACUCACCUGCUAGUCUACAUUGUACACGUAAACCCCUGCUACCCCUGCUAGUCUACAUGAACUCCCCUGCUACAGCCUACAUGUUCUCCCCUGCUACAGUCUACACGUACUCCCCUGCUUCAGUCUACAUGAACUCCCCUGCUACAGCCUACAUGUUCUCCCCUGCUACAGUCUACACGUACUCCCCUGCUUCAGUCUACAUGUGCUCCCCUGCUACAGUCUACAUGUACUCCCCUGCUACAGUCUACAUGUACUCUCCUGCUACAGUCUACAUGUGCUCCCCUGCUACAGUCUACAUGUACUCCCUUGCUACAGUCUACAUGUGCUCUCCUGCUACAGUCUACAUGUAA